GAACCGCGCGCCCCAGUCACCGCGCCGCUGUGUAGUAGCAGCAGCGCGAGCAGCAGCGUCGGUUAGAUAUGGCGGCGGACCCGCACCCCGACUGGCUCGCCCGCCUGCCGUCUUCGUGGAGUUACGGAGUGACUCGGGACGGACGGAUAUUCUUCAUCAACGAAGAAGCCAAAAGUACAACCUGGCUGCAUCCCGUUACCGGAGAGGCCGUCAUCACCGGCCACCGGAACACGCCAGAUCUACCGACGGGAUGGGAGGAAGGAUACACGUUCGAGGGCGCGCGCUGCUUCAUCAAUCACAAUGAACGGAAGGUGACCUGCAAGCAUCCUGUGACCGGGGUGCCUUCACAAGACAACUGCAUCUUCGUUGUAAAUGAACAUGUCAGUUCUGCCCAGCUCGUCCAUCCUGCCCCCCCGCCUCCGGAGGCGGUUGCCAGGUCCGCCCCUAAGCCUCCCUCAGAGCAGGGUGGAGGAGCUGAUAAGACAGACCGCCCCACCAGCACCAUGAGCGAGGCGUCCAACUACACCGGCGGCUCCGACUACAGCACCUUCCCGGCCAGCCCCGGGCCCGACCCCACCCUCAACACCUCCCUCAACACCACCCUGAACACCACCGCCGGCUCCACCGCCCUCACCAGCUCAUCCGCACGGCCCUCAAGGCCUUCCAAGAAGAUCCACAACUUUGGCAAGAGGUCCAACUCCAUCAAGAGGAACCCCAACGCCCCCACUGUCAGGAGCAACUGGCUCUACAAGCAGGACAGCACAGGCAUGAAGCUCUGGAAGAAGAGAUGGUUUGUCCUGUGUGACAUGUGCCUCUUCUACUACAGGGAUGAUAAGGAGGAGGGCAUCCUGGGUAGCAUCCUGCUGCCCAGCUUCCACAUCUCCAUGCUGUCGGUGGACGACCACAUCAGCAAGAAGUACGCCUUCAAGGCCACACACCCCAACAUGCGGACCUACUACUUCUGCACGGACACGGCCAAGGACAUGGAGUCAUGGAUGAGGGCCAUGACUGACGCCGCCCUGGUGCACUCUGAGCCAAUCAGACGACUGGACAAGUUAAAGCUGGACCCCCGCUCCCCCCCGGAGCUGAACCACCUGUUGAACCACCGCUCCCUGACGCGGCCCGAGGUCCACAACAACGAGCGGAACCGCGAGGCGGUGGUCCGCCAUCACUCCAUGUCCCGGCUGGAGGACCGCAAGCACCACCCGGCGGCGGGGGGGCGGGACCACGCGGCCCAGGGCGGGGGGACCAACCACCGCUCGGGACGGGCGCGGGAGCGCGAGUACUACACCCUGCAGCGGGACGGCGAGCGCUUCGUCCUGCAGAAGGGCGGUGAGCGCUACGCCCUGCGCAAGGACGGCGACGGCUUCUCCCUGCAGAAGGACUCGGCCCCGCCCCCGGCCACGCCCGCCCCGGGCGCCGCCACGCCCGCCACGCCCGCCGCGCCCCGGGACCUCAGCGCCGCCCAGCGCGGCGAGCUGGAGUCGUACGCCGCGCAGACGCUGGACGACAAGUACACCGUGGCCCCGCCCCCCCGGACGCCCACCGACGGCGAGGGGUACGGCGGCCCCGCCCAGGACGGCGAGAGGUACGCGCCCGCCCAGCGGCAGGCGGCGGAGCGCCCCACGCCGCAGAGGGACCCCGCCAGGGGCCCCCCCCGGGAGGUGAGGCGGCAGCUGUCCCUGAGGGAGACGGGGGACCGCUACGGCACCAUGCUGGGGGGCGUGCACGGCGGGGGCGGCGGCGUUCACGUGGUGGACCGCUACGGCGGGCUGAAGGAGCUGAAGAAGUACGCCACGCUGCGGGAGGGCGACCGCUACGCCGCCGCCGCCGCGUACCGCCAGGCGGACGGCUACGCCACGCUGAGGGACGUGGGCGGCGAGCGCUACGGCUUCCCCCGGGACCCCGGGGGGCCCGAGCGGCCCCUCACCAAGAUCAACAGCAUCAAGCUGCAGCCCGCCCAGGCCGCCGCCAUCGCCGCCGCCGUCUCCGCCUCGCGCCAGAGCCAGGCCGCCGCCCACGGCCACGCCCACACCCUCGGACACGACCACGCCCACGGCCACUCCCACACCCUCGGACACACCCACAGCCACGCCCACACCCCCUGUCUGCAGCAGGUGAACGGGCCCGAUGCCCCCACCCCGGGGGAGACCUCCGACCUGCUGAGCCCCCUGGAGGGGGACGGGACCCUGGGCCGGAUGCAGCCUCUGCUGGAGGCUGAGGGGGGCCCGGGGCAGGAGGGGGCCCGGGGCCCGGAGGGGGGCUGGGGGAUGAGCAGGACCGGCUCCAUGCAGCAGCUGGAGCACUGGGUCCGCACGCACAACAACACCCCCCGGGGGCCCGAGGAGGACAGCCGGAGUGUGACCUCCUACCAGACGUUACCCCGGAACAUGCCGAGCCACCGCUGCCCCCCGGCGACGCCCCGGUUCCCCGAGGGGUACCGGACCCUCCCCAGGAACAGCGGGGUGCGGCCGGGCAGCGUGGCCAGCGCGGCGGGCUCCAUGUACGAGCGCUCGCUGGACGCCGAGAAGCGGCGCUCCAUGAGGGACGACACCAUGUGGCAGCUGCACGAGUGGCAGCAGAGACAGGCCUGCUCCCGCCAGAGCCUGGCCCUGCCCUCAGGCGCGGGUCACUACGGCACGCUGCCGUGCACCAAGACCAUGAUGAACAUCUCGGAGCACGCCCCCGCGCCCUCCAUCCCCCCCUCCCCCUCCCACGGCUCCCUCUACGCAACGCACUCCCGCCACCACAGCGGGGGGUCCGACACCGCGCCCCCCGUCGUCAGGGGCGACGGGGGCACCCUGGACCGCCGGCAGCGGGCCCACAUGGCCAAGUAUGGCUUCCCAGUGGACCGCAGGUCGCUACCGGUUGGCCAACAGCCCCAGCCAAUCACAGCCCAGUCCCUGCAGGGGAAGACGCCUGAGGAGUUGACCCUCCUCCUCAUUAAGCUGCGCCGGCAGCAGGCGGAGCUCAGCAGCCUUCGAGAACACACUCUGACCCAGCUCAUGAGCCUGGGCAUGGAGACGUCCAACGCCAAGGCGGAGGUGCUUUCCCACCACCUGCAACGUAACCUUGUGUACCUGGACACCCAGACCAAGGAGAACGAGCCGCUAAUCUUCAUGAUUCACUCUAUGAUCGAGAACUCUGCGCCGCGGCCCCAGCUCUACCAGCAACUGAACCCGGAGAGCUACCAGGAGUUGCCGCCGCCGCCGCCACCACCGGCGCCGCACAUGGAGGACGUGGACAUAGACAUCAAGCUCAGCAGACUGUGUGAGCAGGACAAGACGGUGAGGAUGCAGGAAGACAAACUCCAGCAGCUGCACAGAGAGAAGCACACCCUGGAGACGGCGCUGCUGUCGGCCAGCCAGGAGCUCAGUGAGCAGGGCAGCGCCACGGCCAACCCCAGCGCCACCGUCAGCCUGCUGCAGCAGAGAGACGUCCUGCAGAACGGACUGCUGAGCACCUGUAGGGAGCUGACCCGGGUCCACACGGAGGUGGAGCGGUCGUGGAGGGACUACGACCGGAUGGAGGUCGACGUCACGCAGGCCAAGAGCACGCUGCUGGAGCAACUGGAGGCCCUGGGGAGCCCUCAGACGGAGCCGCCCAGCCAGAGACACGUGGAGAUCCAGAAGGAGCUGUGGAGGAUCCAGGACGUCAUGGAGGCCCUGGCCAAGAACCAACCACAGAGGAGCUCCCACCCAGGGUUCCCAGGAGCCAGACCACUGUCCAGCCUCCAGAAGAAUGAGCCGUGCUACAGCGAGGGUCCCUGCGGUGGCCACGCCCCCCGUCUCCCUCUCAGCCCCGCCCAGGAGGAGGGGAGGGGCCUGCCCCCGCGCCCGCCCCUCCCACAGUACUACGACGCCACCGAGGGCCCCCCCCACCUGCCCCCCCUCCCCCAGCACGCCCAUCGCCCCGACGACCGCAAGCACGGCCCCCGGGCCGCAGCGCACAGCCAGAACCCAGACUACCGGCUGUAUAAGAGUGAGCCGGAGCUGACCACGGUGAAGGAGGAGGGAGACGAGGUGGCUGGGGAGGAGAGGGACAAGAUGGACGCCUCCGCGGAGAGGAAGGACGCCGCCGCCUCUCGAGCAGCACCUCCCUACCCGGUGGGCAUCGUACCCCCCAGGACCAAGUCUCCCAUGAGCCCCCCGGACUCCCUGCACAUCGGCUCCUACGUCACGCUGAGGAAGACCAAGAAACCGGAACCCAGAUCGGACCGGCCCUGGAGCUCAGCCGAGUCCCCCACGGAGAGGGAGGGGGGGCGGGCGAGGAUGAGUGUGGAGGAGCAGCUGGAAAGGAUGAAGAGGAACCAGCAGGCCAAGAGGAGAGAGAACCCCUCUCGCUCGCCCUCCUUCAACAAGGACCACCCCCUAGGUGUCCUGCUGAGGCGGGCCUCGGUGGAGGCGGGCUCUGCGGACCCCGGGGAGCUGGAGGCAGCUCUGAGGCAGCUGGCGCUGAGCGAGGAGGGAGGCAGCGUCGAGGCCGGCCCCCCAGCUGCUCGAGACCCCCCACAGCCCCCAGCCGACCAGCAGGGGGAGCUGAAGGAAGGCAGAGGGGAAGAAGACACUGGGGAUAAACAAGAGAGCCCAGUACAUGAGGUGUGUGACAGUCAGAAGGUGGUGAUCUGGGAGCUGUGUCGAGAGCCCCAGCGGGCGGAGAUGGUGAAGCUUCAGGCGUUUAAGGAGGAGCAGAGGCGGAGGGUGGAGGAGGAGGAGGUGCAGAGGAGGAGGGAGGCGGUGGAGGAGCAGCAGAGGAGGAGGCUGGAGGAGGAGGAGCAGAAGCAGAGAGAGGAGGAGCAAAGGAGGAGACUGGAGGAGGCGAAGGGCCCCUCCCCUCCGUCAGAGAGCAACACCACGGAGAACUGCGUCAUGUUGGACGGCCCCCACCCCGGCUCCGCCCCCCCGCCGCAGGACGGGCGGCCGCUGCCCCCCCAGCCCAUGAGGAGGCGGGACAAACCCCAGGUCCCGGAGAAGCCCCAGGUCCCGGAGAAGCCCCAGGUCCCGGAGAAACCCCAGGUCCCGGAGAAACCCCGGAUCCCGGACAAACCCCGGGUCCCGGACCGGACCGCCGCCCCCCCGGAGACCCACUUCCUCCCCUCCUACGAGCGGCUGGAGGCCGACGACAAGAAACACAACAACAACAACAACAACAUGGUGGCCGUCCAGACCUUCUCAUUGGUCACCAGCGACACGUGAUGACGGCGCCCGGAUCCAAGAUGGCGCCCUGACGGUAGAGCCGGAUGUAGCGUCCCUGCACUGAGCAUGCUCCAUGGCCUCCCGCGUUUACAAGACUACUGUGAGGAGCAGCGGACCGGAGGAGAGACACGACACGGUCUCACCCCACGACCUGUCUCUCCUACCCUAUCAAUACACUCACUCACACAGAUACACACACACACUCACACACACACACAGACUCACA